UGAAGUGUAAGAAGUAUUUUGAUUUGUUUUGUUUACGUGGUUUUUCAAAAAAAGGAUGUCUUAACUUUGUUGUAACCGACAGAAAUGGAUAACCGCCAAUGGAAUGUUACUUUAAAAAUCAGUCAGUCUGUUUAGAUGAUUUUUAUGAGUCCAUACAAUUGUUAUGAAAUGUAGUAAUGGUCACAAAUCAUUCGCACAGAAACUGGUAGGGCUCGUUGUUUGUAAGGACAAGUAUAGUUAAAGUUAGAUCAUGACGUAACAAAGGUUAAAUAAUUUAUUACCAAGUACAAAGCUUCAAUCAUGUGUGAAGACGGGUCAGCACAAAAUCUUAAUCUUGAAAAUUGGAUGAGAGAUUUACCUGAGCAGUUGAAAAAUGUUCCUAUUAUAUAUCUGGCCAUUCCAGGUAGCCAUGAUUCAAUGACUUAUGGGAUCACAGAAUCAAGUGGAAUAGCUCCUGAUGCAGAGCCAAUUGUAAAGAAACUGUACCCCUUGUUCCGAGGUACGAUAUUACGUUGGACAAUAACACAAGCUGUAGACACCUCGCAACAACUGCUAAUUGGCAUUAGGUAUUUCGACUUAAGGAUCGCAACAAAGACGGGUAAUGAUAAAUUUUAUUUCACCCAUGGAGUAUAUGCAGAUGAAAUAACAACAGCAUUACAGCAAGUUAAAAAUUUCGUUGAUACACACCCAGGAGAGGUGGUGAUAUUAGAUUGUCAACAUUUUUACGGGUUCACAGCAAAUGACCAUCAGAGACUUAUGGGAUUAUUAUUACAUUUGUACGGUCAGCAACUGGUGCCUCGGAAAAUAGAUCUGCAAAGCAUCACUCUCAAUUCAUUGGCAAGGUUGAGACAACAGGUAGUGAUAGUAUACCGUCAUCAGUCAGUGUACAGCACGGAUCAGUUCUGGCAGCCGCAGAUGUUGCCGUCGCCGUGGCCGCAGCAGGAGCGCGUGGCCGGUCUACUCGCCUUCCUGCAGCGCGUGCGGCGACACCCCGGCAUGGGGUUUGUUCACCAAGCUGUUUUAACACCCACACCAGCAUUCAUACUCUUCAGAUGGAUAUCCACACUUCGUGAGAAAUGUGCAAUACCCGUAAAAGAUGAAGUUCUACCAAAAUUAUUAAAGGAUUUCUUCCCCGGACCUCCGCCACAUGUAACUGACUCUCAGAAUUUGCAAUCUCAGGCCCCUGUGAAUGUUGUUAUAGCAGACUUUGUAGAAAUGGACGACGCCAUCUUCUCUAAAACUAUUAUACAACUUAAUAUGAAAUUACUCAAAACUAUCGAAUCCCCGUAUACUAAUUAUGGUUAAGGAUUUCAUUCCACACUCAGUAUUACUUUGUACCUGCUUUUAUAUUUUUAUAAUGUAAAUGGUAAAUGAUUUAGGACCUGUCCCACCACUGGCUGAUAGCUUAGAUAGCUUAAA